AUGAUCGCAUCAUUUUCUGGUGGAGUUCGGCAGUCUUUGCGAAAUUUGGCUGUGACGUCUUUUCGUACGGUGCGCACAGUUCCUUCGUCAAGUGCAUCCGCGUCGAACUCAAUGAUUUCAACUCCAGAAUCGGUGAUGCCAGACAAGCUGUUCAGUUCGAUAGAGUUGGAAUACCGCGGUCACGAUCCGGAAGUGCUGAAAUCCUACACAAAGUUCCUCGAGUCUGUAUGUACGCACCUGAACUUGACACGUGGUCGGUUUGAGGUUUUACCAUAUGUUCGGUGGAUUCAACCUGCGCUGCGGUCGAAAUUCGUCCACAAGAAGUAUAAACUGCAUUACGAAACGCGAACUCAUAUCACAAAGUUUGAGGUCAAAAACCUUACUGGAAGCACUGCUAGCACAUUCCUAGAAUACAUCCAACGAAAUAUCCCCGAAGGUGUAGGAAUGCGUGUUGGAUACGUGGAAAUGCAGCCCUUACCGCAAACAAUCAAACCUAAGCAAUAA